AUGAAACCAUCUAAACUGCAAGAUCAUCUGAGAAGAUGCCACCCUGAUAAAACAGAGAAAGAUUUGAAAUACUUACAAACACUCAAAGAUAAAUUUCAGAAGAGACCUACACUGGACAGAAUGUUCGCUUCGACGUCACAAAGAAAUGAUGAUGGUUUGCGGGCGUCUUACAAUAUCUCGUUACUUAUAGCAAAAUCCGGAAAACCGCAUACUAUCGGAGAGAAGUUAAUUUUGCCAGCCGUUGAAGAGGUUUUAAAAACUGUAUUACACAAACCUGCAUCUGAUAUCAUUAAAAGAAUUCCCUUAAGCAACAAUACUGUUGAAAGACGUAUUGAUGAAAUGAGUUCUGAUAUUGAAAGCUUCUUAUGUAAUUAUUUCUCUAUACAACUGGACGAGUCAACUUUACCUGAUAAUGCAGCAUUAUUAUUGGCACAUGUUCGUUUUAUUAUGAAUCAAGAAAUCUACGAAGAACUGCUCUUCGCAAGAACUUUGAUAACCGACACGAAAGCUUCGCUCAGAGACGCCUGGAUACUUCCGGGCGAGCUUGAUUUUGGAGAAGCUGUCGGCGGUUUUGUGCAUUCUGCAUCAGUAGUUGGUAGACUUUCUGCAGAAUUGUGUAGACUCAUCCCACUAUCGAUACUGCUAACAAGAUCUUUCGAGCUGUGCUCUUCGUGCGGGGUUCUGUUGAAGUCUUCAUUCUGGCUGACUGAAGUGCUGGUCGAUUUUGACCUUCUAGUGGAUAUCCCUGAUGAACCGUCGCCUUUACCUGGGUUGUUAUAA